GUAUGCAGUAAUUGAUGGGACAUGUUUUCGUUUACAACUAUUUUCAAGAGCAUUUCCCUCUAUUUCGGACCAUUUUUUUUGCUGAUCGUCUCGAUUGCCCAGUGUCAGUCAAAAAAGAAGUUUAGAGACGAUGAAAGAGCCGAUCUAGUCCCCCAAAAUGCGCCAGUUUGCCCAAACCCUAUUAAGAAAUCGUCCACGCAGACUUGCCCGACUGCACAGACCCCGCCGGCAAAAACUCCAAUUGAAAGGAGCAGACAUGAAGCUGAAGACACUCUUGCAAAUGUGAAAUCGUUGCCACCAGAGGAGUCGGACGAUGCUGAUGAGCCAAAAAUGGCAAAGAAAAAGUAAUUGAACUUGUUUUUAUGUAAAUGAAGCAGCAGUGGUAGAA